CUAAUUAGCGCGCACUACUAGUACAUCGGUUAGAGAAGAUGCUGGAAGUUCGUCCAGGUCUGCUGCUGGGCAGCAUGGGAGACGCGCUGGCCGUGUUCACCCGAGUUCCGAGCCUCGUGGCCCGCUAUCACGUGACCCACGUGCUCUCUCUGUGCAACCAUCCCCAGAAUGGAUUGAUAACCAGCUGGCUCCUCCGGAUCAGGACGAGAGUGGAGGAGAGCGACAGCGAAUUGAAGGAUGUGGACGAGGAGGAGAAGAUUAGCAAGAAAAAUCCACUGCAGAAACGGCAGAAGAGGAGGAGGAAAAAGAUGGUGAGUGAAGCAACAAGAUCUGGUAGAGGACGACAGAGAGGGAGAAGGAAGAAGGGACAGAGACAAGUGGAGCUGCCCAAGUGGAGGAAGUUUAUCGAGGUUGCCGACAUGCCAAAGAGCGACCUCCUCCACCAUUUCGAGGAGUGUUGUCAUUUCAUCAGGGAUGGCAGAGAGAGAGGCACUGUGCUGGUCCACUGUGAACACGGAGUAUCUCGAAGUGUGACGGUGGUUCUGGCCUACCUGAUGUGGACUGAGAGAAGGUCCCUCAGAAUUCUCUAUCAGGAGCUGAAGGAAAGAAAACCAGAAAUCAGGCCAAACUCGGGGUUCAUGGACCAGCUGAGGCUCUGGGAGGACAUGGGGUGCCGCGUGAAGGACGACAACAAGAAGUACAGAGCUUAUCGCCUCCAGUGCAAGGCCCGGGAGAUAGAAGCAUCAGGAAGCGUGGCGGUGGUAGAGAUGGCGCCCGACCCAGCCGUCUCCCCUGUGGACGCAGCACUCUACUUCCGCUGCCGCAAGUGUCGACAACUUCUCUUCACGGACGGCGACGUUCUCCAACACGCGCUGGGGGAGGGGAGAGAGUCAUUCGGCCAUCGACACAGGGGGAAGAGCGACAGGAGCAAAUACCACGGUGAGGGUGUUCUGGUGAUGUCCGGCAAACUGGAGGCCAAAGAGAAGGAAGGAGAGCUUCUGACAACAGUUGACAAACUACCAGAAAUGAAGAAAGAAGCAGUGAUUGAGGAGGCGGAAGAGAAGCAGAGAGCAACGGUGGAACUAAAAGAUGAGACAGUGGAGCUUCAACUAGCGACAGAAAUUGGAAGUCAAGAGGAGAUAGAGUGUGUCCAGAAAGCCCCCAGAGAGCUGGGUUGGUCAGAUGGAGGUACCUGUGAGAGGGCAAAGAGAGAAGAAGACGGUUUGUCAGAAGACGUCGUAUUGGGAGGUAACCCAGACUGCCGGCAGCUGGUAUCCAUGGAGCUCCGUGGGACCACACCCCUCAUUACUCCCCACGGAGACGGAGGCAUCAGCUAUGAGGAGGGAGGUCGGCACUCUACUUGCUCAGCGAGCAGCGCACUCCUUUUCUCUCUCCCCAAACUGCACUUCUUACUUCAUUGAGCCAGUGGCGUGGAUGGGGGAUGCUCUCCUGGGUCACCUGGAAGGCAAGAUCCUCUGUCCCAAGUGCAACUGUCGUCUGGGGUCAUUCAGUUGGAAAGGACAGCAAUGUUCAUGUGGACGAUGGCUGACUCCUGCAUUUCAGGUACAUAAGAACAGAGUGGAUGAAGUCAGAACUCUUAGCAAAAGAAACUGUUCUUCGACACAAUCAUAAGUUUUCAGAAAAUCACUGUAUAGUUUCACUGGAAAUGAAAGU